AUGUCACAAGAAGAUGCCGGAGCGAAGUCUACUGCUGACUCUGAGAGCAUACUUGGAGCAGUUGCUUUAAAGCUGCCGCCAUUCUGGCGAAACGAUCCGGAGGUAUGGUUCGCGCAAGCGGAAGCCCAAUUUGCCACGCGCAAUAUCGUAGUUGAGAGUACAAAAUACUCUUACGUUAUCGCGACACUACCACCCGAGGUAGCACAGGACAUUCGCGACGUCCUGAUAAACCCCCCUGUUAGUGAGCCAUACACGACGCUAAAGAAAAAGAUCAUAGCGCGAACGACGGAAUCGGAACAGAGAAGAGUACAAAUGUUACUCACAGAAGAAGAACUCGGAGACCGAAAACCUUCUCAAUUAUUACGGCGCAUGGAACAACUCGUCGGAGAUCAGAAAUUAGAAAGAGGUAUACUUAGGCAGUUAUUCUUACAACGCUUGCCGCAUAAUGUUAGGCUGAUCUUAGCCUCCACGAGUGAGUCGCUGGCACUAUCGGAUCUGGCCGUAUGGCAGAUAGAAUUCUCGAAGCGCACGUGCCUGUCGUGA